AAACUCAAGGGGUGUGCCCACUUCGUUAAUGGUUGCAGCUGUCAUGAUUUAUAAAUUCUUCCCUGGGAAGUGCUGCUGGCAAGUUACGUUUCAGACUUUCCUGCUUUUCUCUAUAGCGCUAUUUACAGACUGACCAGUGUUGGGGGAGAGAUUCUGCAGGUGUGAAUUUUUGGCCUUCACUUUCUGUGGAAACCUGGAACAAUAAAAUAAAAUAACCUAGGCCAUUGUAUGAAAUGGAAUCCCAUUCAUUGCAGCCCAAGCAUCUUGGAUCAGAUGAAAAAUCCAGAAAACCAGACAACAAAAACGGACCAAACGGAGAUGAACAGAUAGUCGCAGAGAUCAUGGGAAGGUGUUUCUCCCCUUCGCUGAUAACCACCCAAGCCUGGGAAGGGUUCCAUUUUGUUGGCCACAAGAUAAAGAUCACGGAAUCCACCGACUGCUAUGGAGCUGUCGUCUGGCCUUCGGCUCUCGUUAUCUGCCACUUUUUGGAAACCAACAUGAAAUCUUAUAACCUGACUGACAAAAAUGUCAUUGAAAUCGGAGCUGGGACAGGCCUGGUCUCGAUAGUUGCCAGUUUCCUUGGUGCACGUGUGGUUGCCACCGAUUUGCCCGAAUUGCUGGGGAACCUUCGAUACAACCUUGUCAAAAACACGAAGACCAGAUGCAAGCAUGAACCCCAGGCAAAGGAACUGUUUUGGGGGGUUGACCUGGAGAAGAAUUUCCCCAGGGCUUCGUGCCAGUUUGACUACAUCCUGGCGGCCGACGUUGUUUACCACCACCCGUACUUGAACGAGCUACUCCUUACCUUCGACCACUUGUGCAAGGACAACACUGUCAUCAUCUGGGCCAUGAGGUUCCGACUGGAGAAGGAAAACCAGUUUGUGGACAGAUUCAAUAAACUCUUUGACCUGGAGGUUAUAGCUGAUCUCCCCAGCUUAAAUAUAACCCUGUUUAAGGCAAAGAGAAGGCACAAAGCAAAAAGGCCUUCCCUUUUCCCAUCCAGACUGCUGAUUGGGUGAUUGUCAAUGCAUGGGUCUCCUUUGUUAGCCAGGAUUAGACCAUUUCUCAUUGGACUGCUAGGUUUGAAUGUAUGAUACUGGUAGAGCACUCAAAUGUUUGGUCCCCGGUUGCAGUCUGAAAUAAUACAAAAACAUUAACAGAUUCGCAAUGGUACAUGCACACCUUUGUUUGCACAGAUAAUGAGCCACAAUACAUACCUUUAUAACCAAUCAAUGCUGGAAAUGUAAAAGCGAAGUGGGCACUUUUUUUCAUUUAUGAUGGGGCUGUAAGGUUAUAAGCAGAUUUUGCAAUGAAGUCUAUGAGAAGUUAAAGAAAUUAUUUAAAAUUACAUUCGCAAAAAAGCCAGAAUCUUUUUUUAUUAGGAA